AUGCCUGUGGUUGCCACGGCAGAUGGGCUGCGCAGCGAGGCCUCGAGCCACUCCAAUGGCCGGUUUACGAUGGGGGCUGCGCUGAGCGACGCCAGGUCCGGCGCCUCGCCCGGGCGGUCGCGAGCAGAGAGCCCGGCAGUUCAGAAGGAUCCGAGUCACCGGAAGCUGGAAAAGAAGCUGUCGAAGAUUGCGUCGAAGAAGAAGCUCCCCACGGCGCAGAUGAGCCAAAAGAUGGGCCUCGACGUCGGCCGCACGUCGACGUUCCUGCAGCGGCAGGGCACGUUCCGCCAGCUCGUGGACAACGCCAAGCGCGGGCCCAUGAAGAUCAACACGCUCCGGCGCGACCUCUACACCGGCACGGCCUCGCGCCGCUCCGGCCGCAGCCACCCCGACUCGAUGGGCCCGGACGAGGACGCGGCCGCGGCCGUGCCCUCCCGCGCAGAGGUGCCGCUGCCGAUGAGCAGCGAGGCACUGAUGACGGAGCGCCUGGCGAAGUACGCGCUGCGCGAGAAGGAGGUCGUGGGGGACGGGUCCUGCCAGUUCCGCUCCCUGUCAGACCAGCUGUUCGGGUCCGAGAAGUUCCACGUCGAGGUGCGCAAGGUCGUCGUGAAGCAGCUGAAGCGGAACGGCGGCCGGUGGUAUCGCGAUUUCGUCAUGGCUGAGAGCUACGACGACUACCUGCGUGAAAUGGCGCGCCCGGGCACGUGGGGCGACCACGUGAGCCUGCAGGCCGCAGCCGACGCGUACUGCGUCGUCGUGGUCCUCGUGACGACCUUCAAGGACACGAUGUGCAUCGAGAUCAUCCCGAAGAGCCACCAGAGCCCUGACGGCAGUCUCCGCCCUGGGCCCGCGCCGCCGUUCGUGUGGCUGUCCUUCCAUCCCGAGGUGCACUACAACAGUCUCAAGCCCGCGGGGGAGUCCGGACACGGCAUUCAUUCGCUUGCGGGGGGGCUGAGCGAGGCGCAGCCUGGUUCGCCCGCACUGUCACCUAUCGCGACGGGUGCCGAGAAAUCGCUGGCGCGGAACAGGGACGCGGUGUACCCGGCGUCGCCAGGGAGCAACAGCAACAACGGCACGCCUCACGCGAGAGCGCGGGAGCCCGUGGAAACGGUGCAUUCGUCGGGGUGCCUGUGCAUGUCGUGA